UUUUAUUGGAAGCAAGUGCCUCUGGCUGAGUCGGAGGAUUCGACUGCAAUCCGAAGGUGUUAUUCGCGAAGUGAGACAGUCCAGCAACAUGUCUAAGAUACCGGCUCUGCUGUUUGCGGAGGAUUAUGGCCCGGACGUGGAUCCACGACGAUGGGUGGUGAUUUACCCGCCUUACCUCGACAAAUUGCGAACGGAAGCCCAGGGUCGCAAAAUCGCGAAAGAUAAGUGCGUUGAAAACCCGACGAUAAAGGAAGUGUUUGAUUGCGCACAACUGCUCAAGUUUCAGACGGCCUUGGCACUGAACAAGGCGUAUUGUCGAGACUCCUGGGCGAGAGGGCUGGUGCGAAUCAAAUUAUUCGACGAGGUCGGGAAGCCUGUGCGGGAGGACAUCCCAAACCGACGCACUUUAUAUGCAAAAGUCGCGGAACUGAUCCCUAAGCACCGCGAACAAGUGAUGAUGAAAGAAGGAAAGAAGGGUGGCAACAAGGGUGGCGGUGCCAGCGCGAGUAAGAAGACAGUUACCGGUAAGGGGGCACCAGCGCCGACGAAGAAAAAGAAGAAGGGAAAGCGCUAAGGGAGCAAUUGCUUUGAAGUGGAGAACGGUGCGUACAACGAAUACUCUCAAAGAGAUGGGAUUACCAAACCGCGUCGCGUUGAUUUAAUUACUCUCAACGCGUGAAAUUCGCCUGAGGACAGUAGAUUGUGCAAAGCCAAAAGAAAAAUCACGCAUCCCCCGAGAUGAGAUAACUAGAACGCAUGGGUGUACAGUCGCAGUGAAACUGGGAUGGAUAAUUGAGUGGGUAGCUGCCAUUCGAAAGGAGAUGUGACCUUUUGUGCCUGCAGCCCGAAUACAUUGUUAUAUGACAAGGAGUGGGAGUCUACAAAUUGACACCCGCUAUGCUAGUUUGCACCCGAAACGGCAUUGAGCUGCCUACUUAGACGCGCCCUCGUCAUCAGCAUCCUUCUUCCCAAAUCCAAAAACAUUCUUAAAUGCGUUGCCCACCUUUGACAUGACAUCAGCGUCCGGAUCGGUGUACCCAAUCUCGACGUGGGGCAACUUGAGGUCGAAGCGAGCUCCUCGGUCGUACUUGGGAAUUCCGAAACUGGCCAUGGGAAUGGGAAUGCCACUUUCAUCCUCUUCUGUGUAGCCGCCCUCGUCGAUAAAGCCAUUCUCCUUCAUUUCGGUCCACGCAAUAAGGGGGUCAUCGCCUGCCUUGACCUUGAGGGUGCGUUCGUCAAAGAACUGUUCAACUUCGUCACGGCGGUCGUUGACUUCCUUAAAGUACUUCUUGUUGCGCUUGGGGUCGCGGCGGCGGGCCAAAAUUUCUUGCUGCUGGCGGAAGGCCUCGUCUUUCUCACCCUCCUUCCACGGCCCCAUGCGGGGGGUGGGGCGGGUGCGACAGCAAGUGCGUGGGUUGUGUGGGGGGGCGCGGGGAAGGACAGAAGGAGUUGCGAAGGCAGUGGUCAUGGCGGAUUAGUCAGCGGAAAGCAGGGGGACGAGGUCGGGG